CAGAUUGAGGUUAUGUCUUAUUGUCUUUUCAGUCUUCAACCCGACCGCCAUUGACCUAUUGUCAAAUUGAAAAAUCUAAGGAAUAUAAUAAUUUUGAUCAAACCUUUUCAAUUAAACGGAUGAAUAAUUUUUAAAUCAAAAGAAACAACAACUAUUAUCAAGAGUAUCAGAGUAGUGAGCUAGUUUAUGAAAACUGACGUAAGAAUGAAGUUGAUUGCUAGCUCAUCCAAUCCUCCCAUAGGAGCAUUGAUUAUAGCUAAUUUGCUGAAAGAUGAGAUAGGGAUAGAAGUGGUUUGGGGUGAUGAAACAACUCUCACCAUUGAUGGAAUUGUGUUCGAUACAAAUCCGGCAAUAUGUCGAUACUUGUCAAGAACUGCAAAGAAAUCCAAUCUUUAUGGCUCAAACAUUUCUGAAACAGUCGAAGUUGACCAUUGGAUAUCGUUCAGUAUUGGACCCUUGAGUUGUACUAACCAAUUUGCAGAUGGUCUGAUUUAUUUGGAGAAGGUAUUGGCACCAGUUACAUACCUUGUUGGUAGCCAACUCACACUAGCUGAUGUUUUUGUCUGGGCUACUUUAUUUGAAAACAACAAGUUCAAGAAGCUGUUGGAGAAGAAGCAAGUGACAGGCAAUGUUGAGAGGUGGUACAGACUGGUGGAGCAGAACAGAACGAUUGCUGACGCAUGCGCCUCUCUGCCGGCGAAAGCAGCGCCACAAGAUGCACCUGCACCGUCGGAUGGAGUCAAGAAGGAGGAGGGCAAAUUCGUCGAUCUGCCCGGCGCCGAGAUGGGAAAGGUUGUCGUGCGAUUCCCCCCAGAAGCCAGUGGAUACCUCCAUAUCGGGCACGCCAAAGCAGCAUUGUUGAAUCAGUACUAUCAGGAGGCUUUCAAAGGGAAACUCAUUAUGCGUUUCGAUGAUACUAAUCCAGCUAAGGAAAAGGUCGAUUUUGAGAAGGUGAUAUUGGAAGAUCUGGAGCUGCUGGAGAUUAAGCCAGACCAAUUCACACACACAUCCAGCUACUUUGAUUUGAUGCUUGUGAUGUGUGAGCGACUCAUCAAGGAGGGCAAGGCCUACGUCGAUGACACUGAGCCCGAACAAAUGAAAGCCGAACGAGAACAACGCCAACAGAGUGUCAAUUGGAAUAACUCUGUUGAAAAGAACAUGGAAAAAUGGAAGGAGAUGAAAGCUGGAUCGGAAUACGGCCAGAAAUGUUGCGUUCGUGCCAAAAUAGACAUGAACUCUGCAAACGGCUGUAUGCGAGAUCCCACAAUCUAUCGUUGCAAGAAUGAACCGCAUCCUCGUACCGGUACCAAAUACAAGGUUUAUCCAACAUACGACUUUGCGUGUCCAAUCGUGGACAGCAUAGAGGGCGUGACUCACUGCCUGCGCACAAUGGAGUACCACGACCGCGACGAGCAGUUCUACUGGUUCAUCGAUGCACUCAGCCUGAGGAAGCCGCACAUCUGGGAGUACUCGCGCCUCAACAUGACCAACACUGUGCUCUCCAAGCGCAAGCUCACCUGGUUCGUCGAAAAUGCAUUCGUCGAUGGAUGGGAUGAUCCAAGAUUUCCGACUGUCAGAGGAGUUCUCCGCCACGGAAUGACAGUUGAAGGCCUGAAGCAGUUCAUCAUAGCUCAGGGCUCGUCUCGGUCGGUUGUCGUCAUGGAGUGGGAUAAAAUAUGGGCUUUCAACAAGAAGGUUAUAGAUCCAGUUGCACCGCGCUACUCAGCCGUGGAGGGAGACGCGGAUGCCAGAGUGGUUGUGAAUGUGGCUGGAGCGAAGGAGGAGCAGCUGGUUGUGGCCAAGCACCCCAAGAACCCCGCAGUCGGCACCAAAACUGUGUGUGUUGGUCCGCGCAUCCUCAUCGACUAUGCCGAUGCUGAGUGCUUGAAAGAAGGCGAAAACACCACUUUCAUCAAUUGGGGAAAUUUGAGAAUCAAGAAAAUUAACAGGAAGGAUAAUCGAAUUGUUAGUGUCGAUGCAGAGCCCAACCUAGACGACAAGGAUUACAAAAAGACGCUGAAAAUUACGUGGCUAGCUGAUUCAUCUAAGGCUCCACUCAUUCCUGCCCUAAUUACCUACUUCGAUCACAUCAUCAGUAAGCCGGUUCUGGGCAAGGAUGAAGAUUUCAAAACCUACAUUGGACACAACACAAAGACCGAAGUGAAAAUGCUGGGUGAUCCAGAGUUAGCGAAUGUCAAGAAAUCUGAAAUCAUUCAACUGCAGAGAAAAGGAUUCUUCAUUUGCGACAGUCCUUACAAGCCAGCCAGCAUCCAUUCAGGAAGAGAAUCACCCAUCUGCCUAUUUUUCAUUCCUGACGGCCAUACAAAGGAAAUGCCAACUCAAGGCCCCCGAAAAAAGAUCGAGGAAAUCUCUGCCAAAGAGAAGAAACAGUCACUGAAAGGAAAGGCAGCUGAGAAAUCUCCCCUUGAAGAGAACAAUCCAAUCAUAGCCCAGGAUGCCACUGGCUUGAAUCUACAGAUCACUCAACAAGGCGAUAAAAUACGUCAGCUCAAAGUGAACAAAGCACCCAAGGCUGACAUCACCGCCGAAGUGCAGGUGCUACUGAACCUAAAGAACUCGUUCAAAACAGUGACCGGCGUGGAUUGGCAGCCAGGGGUAGCAGUGCCGGCCGCCACUGGGGCUGAUGAUGCUGAAGCACUAGACAAGCAGAUCACAGCACAGGGAGAGCAAGUGAGGCGGUUGAAGUCCGAGAAAGCCGGCAAAGAAGUGAUCGCCGACCAAGUGAAGGUGCUUCUAGGUCUCAAAGAACAGUACAAGAAGAAGACCGGCAAGGAUUGGAGUCCUAAAGUAGCAGGCGCCGGAGACUCCAACAAACCUGCACCGGUCAAGGCGGAGGCAGCUGCUAGUUCGCCAAAAGAUAUCAACGAUAAAAUCGUUGCACAGGGAGAUAGAGUGAGGAGUCUGAAGACGGAAAAAGCACCCAAAGAUCUGAUCGAUGCCCAAGUGAAAUUGCUGCUUGAGUUGAAAGCUGAGUUCAAGAAAGUGUCUGGCAAAGAUUGGAAACCAGGCACUGUCGUUGAAGAAGUAAAGGUGGCUGCAGCAUCCCCUCAAGUGAAAUCCGAUAACUCAGCUGAACAAGUGAACAGUAAGAUUGCAGCACAAGGUGAUAAGGUACGGGUUUUGAAAGCUGAAAAGGCAGCCAAAAACAUCAUUGAGGCUGAAGUAAAGAUUCUACUCGAGCUGAAAGCAGAGUUUAAAAAAGUGUCCGGACAAGACUGGAAGCCUGGUGUGAAAGUAGCCACUGUUGAAACAGCUGUCCCUGAUUCUACAAUGUCACCUCCAACCAAUGGCACCGAUAAAACCAGCGAACUAGAUACUAAAAUAACAGAGCAAGGAAAUCUGAUUCGCAAUUUGAAAUCCGAUAAAGCAGCGAAAAACGUGAUCGGUGAUGAGGUUAAAGUGUUGCUAGCUCUGAAAGAGGAGUACAAAAAGGUGUGUGGGAAGGAUUGGAAGCCGUCAGAGACCCCCACUAACGACAACGAACCGUCUUCUACGACUUGCACCUCGACCAGCCCAGAGGUUGCCUCCAUUGAGAGUAAAAUCAAGACAGUGGGCGAUAAAAUAAGACAGUUGAAAGCUGACAAAGCGGACAAGAAUGUGAUUGGUGCUGAGGUGGCUGAACUGUUGUCGUUGAAAGCACAGUACAAGACGGUGAGCGGCAAGGAUUGGACCCCGGAUGCUGGCAGUCAGCAACCACGCAAGCAGGCUCCACCUCCUGCCAAGAAAGAGAAGAGUCCUAAACCUCCACCACAGAAAAAGAAGCAAGCUGAGGAAAAGCCAGCAACUGAUGAUUCAACUGGUCUGAAAAAGCAAACAAGACUGGGAAUGGAAGCAAAGAAAGAAGAAAAUUUAUCAGAUUGGUAUUCUCAGGUGAUUGUCAAAGGUGAAAUGAUUGAGUACUAUGACGUGAGUGGCUGUUAUGUGCUGCGCCCGUGGUCAUUCUCCAUCUGGGAAAUAAUCAAAGAUUUCUUGGAUAAGGAAAUCAAAAAGAUGGGCGUCAAGAACUGUUACUUCCCAAUAUUCGUUUCCCAGGCAGUUCUUGAGAAAGAGAAAGAUCACAUUGCUGAUUUUGCACCUGAGGUGGCUUGGGUGACCAAGUCUGGAGACUCUGACCUUGCCGAGCCGAUUGCAAUUCGGCCGACCAGUGAGACGGUCAUGUACCCAGCAUUCGCCAAAUGGAUCCAGUCCUACCGCGACUUGCCAAUCAAACUCAAUCAAUGGAACAAUGUUGUGAGAUGGGAGUUCAAGCACCCUCAACCAUUCCUGAGAACGAGGGAGUUCCUAUGGCAAGAAGGUCAUACGGCGUACGCAACUGUCAAAGAGGCCCAGGAUGAAGUUCUACAAAUUCUAGAACUAUACAAGCGUGUCUACACCGAUCUGCUGGCGAUUCCAGUUGUGAAAGGACGCAAAACCGAAAAAGAGAAAUUUGCUGGUGGUGACUACACAACAACAGUGGAAGCUUUCAUUGCAGCCAGCGGCCGAGCCAUUCAGGGAGCCACUUCCCAUUAUCUAGGCCAAAACUUUUCGAAAAUGUUCGAAGUUGUAUUUGAGCAUCCUGAAACUCAGGAGAAGGAAUACGUGUAUCAGAACUCGUGGGGAAUGACUACUCGUACCAUAGGUGUCAUGAUUAUGGUUCAUGCAGAUAAUCAAGGUCUUGUCCUUCCACCAAGAGUAGCUGCAAUCCAGGUUAUAGUAGUUCCUUGUGGAAUUACAGUGAAACAGUCAGAAGCUGAUAGAAAAGAACUGAUAGAUGCGUGCAAAGAGGUCGAAGCAGCUCUCUCCGGAGCUGGAGUUCGAGUGGAGGGUGAUUACCGCGAUAACUACUCUCCUGGAUGGAAAUUCAAUCACUGGGAGCUCAAGGGAGUGCCAAUCAGACUGGAAAUCGGGCCGAAGGACAUGAAGUCAGGGCAACUGGUGCUGGUGCGGCGCGACAACGGAGCCAAGAUCUCAGCCAAGUCGAGCGACGCUGUGCAACAGGUGCUGGCUCUGCUCCAAGACAUUCAUGCGUCUAUGUUGAAAAAAGCUACUGAGGAACUAAAUUCACAUUUGGUGAUCACUUCAGAUUGGAAUGAGUUCUGUACUUCUCUCGACAAGAAAUGCAUCGUUAUGUCUCCAUUCUGCGGUGCGAUUCCUUGCGAGGAACUCAUUAAACAGGAGAGUGCUAGGGACGAACCAGGCGAAGAAACAGCUGGUCAGGCAUCGAUGGGUGCCAAAAGUUUGUGCAUACCAUUUGAGCAGCCAAAACCCCUCAAACCCAAUGAGAAGUGCUUCCAUCCCGCUUGCAAGAAUACAGCCACCGCUUACACUCUAUUUGGAAGAAGUUAUUAGAUUUUAAACCUAAACUUAGCAUUGAAUCCACAGUAAUUCAGAAAACUCGCACGAGUAUAAAUUAUAUCUUCGAAAUCAAUAUUGUUAAUCAGCAAAUCAUUUAUUGCUUAUUUGUUCAUGAUAAUGAAAUUAAGUGAAUAAUUUUAUCAUGUAAACUCAUUAUAACUGUUUUAACCAUGA